CAGCAAUUUCUUUUUACUUAUCUUCUAUCAUUAUUAUUUUUAGAUCUUGCAAUACGUAAUAUAUUUUUAAAUUUUCUAUCAAAAUCAAUAUGGGAUUCAGUUACCGAGUCAUGCUAAUUUAAAUUUGUGAACAACUAGAUAAGAUAAACAUGGAGGAAAGCAGUCAUAUUCCACAACCAAGGCACUCAACUCCGGUAAAAAAAAGUUAUGGAAAUUCUGGUUACCACAGUGAGAACAGUCCUGCACCUCAUAACAGUGCAAGUACCAGUGGAAUGAUGAGCAUGACAGACCUUGAAUCGACCACUGUAGAGAAACAAAGGAAAGAACUUCAACUUUUGAUCGGGGAAUUGAAAGACAGAGAUCGUGAAUUGAAUGAAAUGGUUGCAGCUCAUCAACAACAAUUAUCAGCAUGGGAAAGAGACAGACAACGUGCUCUGUUAUUAGAAAGGAAAAAUGAUAAAUAUGAAGGUGAAUUGAAGAAAAGACAAGAGCAAGUACGACUUCUUAUUCAAAGAUUAAAAGUUUCUGAAUCAAAGCACAAAAGCAAAGACAGUGCUUUAGAAUCAACACAAUCUCGGAUCAAACUACUGGAAAGAAGCAUGUCAAGCACUAGUUAUGAAGUAGACAAUUUAAAGGAGCAAAACGUUACACUUAAUACAUCUCUUACUGACAUGUCAACAAAAGUCAACACUAUGGAGACGAGGGAACAAGAACUCAUGACGCUGCUCAGACUCAAAGAAAAAGAACUUCUCGAUAUUUCUGGUCAUGUUUCAACAUUAAGUUCAAAACUUCGAUGUCUUGAUGCUGAAUUACAAGACAGUAAACGAUGCGAAAAUCGAUCACGAACAGAGGUGUUGGACGAGCGAACAAGGUACAAGCAAACAAGAAAUGAACUAGACAGUAUGAAAGCUGAAAUGAUCGAAAAAACAAAUGAAAUUAUGUCUUAUAGAAAAGAAGUCGCACACUUAAGAGAUGAAAUUCAUCGAUUACAAAAAGAAAUUUAUUUGAAAGAUGAUGAGUUACGGAGGAAAGAUGAUCUAAUUGAACUACAGAAGUCUAAACAAGAUAGAGCCGAUAAAGAACUUGCUGCCUUAAGAAUGGUUUAUGAAAAUCAGCAAAAAGAGUUAACCGCAUUACAUAUAAGUCUCUCUGAUUCUCAUGAAAUGUUGGAAAAGCAAGAAGAAAGAUUAAACCAAAUUAGUGACAUAAAAUUGCAGAAGAAGAGUGUCAGUUUCUUAGAUACAGCAUUAUACACUUCAUCUACUACAACAGAAAGUGACAGCGUGAUUGAUGAAAUUCAUGAUUCAGAAAAUUUAGACCAACUUGAGUUAGAAAAAGGGAAUGGUGAGGAGAUAAAAGAGCGGAGGGUUAUAAUACUCGGUAGAGAAAAGCACAAAGAUGGUAAAGUUGGCUCUGCUGUAUCUAACGAUAAUGUUUCUGACCAGAAAAGUCAUUCGAAGACUGUCAAAUCUGCGGCAUUAAAAUCUUUGUACCCUACCAGCAUGGUCAGUUCUACAAAGAAAAUUCAAACGAAAAUGCAUGUUUUCAGUGAAGGAGAGGAUAUUUACAAGGGUCAAAAUGGGCUUGAUCUCAGUGAUUUUGAAGAUUGCUGCAGUGAUGCUACAAAUGAUCUCUUAGAAGAAGCCAGACGAUCGGCAACUUCAAAUGUAAUUAUACCUGAAAUUGAUGAUACUGAACCUAAACAACGAACGUAUUCUCAUUCUUCACCAACAAGCAAACUACAAAAAUUACUUGCAGAAUCCAGAGAGAUGGUUCAUAAUUUAGAACGUACUGCUCUAACGCCAGUCCCACGUCCAAAUUCUGCAAGAGCUACCUCCAGUCAUACUUCUUAUUGAAGAGACGUUAACAGUUUUAGCACAAUUUUUUAGAAAUCUAUCAUUAAAUGGAAGCCAUUUUGAGUUCUUUCUUGCCAAAUUUUAACAAUGCUGCAUUUUUCAGGCAUUAUUAAGCAUCUUGAUUUGAAAAUGAAAUUAUUUGAUUUUAAUGCUGUGUACAAUUUGUUUACAAUCUUUAUGUUCCAACGUUUUUACUUUUCUAAUGCAUUUGUAUGUGAUUUUUAACAAUUUUUUAAGUAAUUUUACAGUAAAUAGAUUAUAUUUAAUGAGUGGUAAAGGAAUGAAAAGAUUGAUUAUUUUGCAAUUUUCUGUACAAAAUAGAGUGAUUUUUACUGUUUUGAAAAGGCAAUUUCCAGAAGUAUACUGAUUUAUGCCAUGAUUUUGUGUAAUUUGGGGAACAUUGUACCCAUAUACUUACCGUACUUCCCAAACUCACCCAAGGUUUUUGUUUAAAACAUUUUUUAUGAUUUCAAGUUAGACUUGUCGUUUCACUUCAUUGUAUAAGUGCCAUCUACCUUACAUCUUCACUUCGCACUUCCUGUUUUUAUUAAACUGAUAACAUUUAAAUAAGAAAUGGAUAAUAAAAUAUCAAAUGUAAGCUCUGCAAAA